UUCAUUCAGGAAGUUCCGCGCCCUCUGAGAGGCCCUCUGAGCGUUGUGGUGUCUCUAGGUCUGGGUCUGAGGGUCGCAGCAGAAGGAAGCCAGCUGGCCCAGCACGUCUCUGCUGUGAAGGCGACUGGGAAAGGCACAAAGCCAGACACACAGGUGUCAGGGAUACAGACAGAGUCGGAGAACGAGACAGGCAGCCUGGUGACAUUCAGCCCAGACAGAAAGACAGCACCACUGAGACAGUAAAAGCUGAAUACAGUACACACCUCUGAAAGUUGUAGAAUAAAUACUAGUUUAACAUUAGAGUUAGUUCUUUAGGAAUUUCUUUGAGAGAAAAAGAGAAUAUUUGAUCGAGUGCAACGUGUUUUAUUGUAAGAAUGAUCUAGCAUUGGGUUGGAUUCUGUGUCUAGUCCAGUCAAAUCAAAGUUGAUUGAUUGUGCACACAGUUUAGCAGAUUAUAGUGCUUAAAGCCAAAUGCUUAUGUUACUAGCUCCUUACAAGGCAGUAAAAUGUCAACAAAUACACAAAUAAUCCAAAUUAAAAAUAAAUAAAACAUCUUCAAAUGUCAGAAUGAAUCCCAAUUAACCCACAUGGUACUGUAACAGUGAUCCAAAUGCAAUUUAGUCAUUAUAAAAUAUUGGAACAUUGAUAUGUAUAAUAAGAUCCCCUUUGAUGUUGUUUCUCUAGCUGCAUCCCUCUGAAGCUAUCACUACGGCUCUGGAGGAUGUGGAGCGAAAGCAAGAGGAAAUGUCAACCUGGAAAUUAAAUAAUUCAGAGGGUAUAGCAGCAGAAGACAAAUUGACGAUGGCGCUAUCAGAGAUCCAGAGUGUUCUGAAUGUUGUGCUGGAGAAACAGCAGGCAGAGAAAGAUGACCUCACCAAGAAGUACAGGAUAGCGUCAGACUCGUUCCGGCAGGGAGUGCUGCGUAGUCAGCUGACUUCGUUGGCGUCGCGUCAGAAGAGGCUGCUGGGUAUCCUCCAGAAGCAAAGCGACUUCAAGCUCCAGCUCCGCACCUGGAAGGGCCCGACCCUGACUCAGCACUCCCAGACAGGGAGAGAUCAGAACAUCUCCCACUCAUCAACCACCACUUCCAGCCCUGCUCCCUCAGAAAGGAGCCUCACAGGCAACCAGGAGGAGAGCCACGCUUCCCCCUUGUUCAGCUCUACUAGUAGUCACGACAACCGAGACAAACAAGAAGGUAGUAGCCAGACAUCUCAGGUAGCGCCGCCUCGAACACAUCCAACACAACACCGGGAUGACAACAACAAAAACAACACUACCUUUCCAUCACAACAAGGAAACAGAAACAGCAAACCACAACAUGGAAACACCCCUGACAUGGGAAGCAAUGUGUUACAACAAGGGACGGCCAAUGAAGAAGAGAACAGGAAGUUGAUCAGGCUCAUCAAGAGAGGGGUCAUCACACCAGGAGAGGAUGUACUACAGCUGAUGUGGAGGGGCUGUGUCCACCAGGCGUCUCUGCUCCUAGAAGGCUGGAUCAGAGACAGCGUCACGGGCAGAGAGUUCCAGGCCCCAGAGCUCUGGGUAGCAGCUAUCCUGGGAAACAACAUCCCUGUUUCCUCAGCCUACGCCUGGGACAAGGUGACGUACGGAGACAGGUCUCUGUCUGGUUGCUUACUGGGCGUAGUGGACGUGACAGCCCCAGCAGCAGCAUCACAGAAGCCUGCCGAAUCCACACACCAUGAUGGCUCCUCUGCUCAGCCUCAGGAUGUCCCCUCUGCAGGGGCACCUCUCUCAGAGUCAUCGGCAGUACUCAGAAAUAUAAUGCAAAUCAAGUCGAUCAGAUUAAUUGGUGAUGAGGAGUUUGUGCCACAUCAUAUAAUGGACCGCUACUGGGACAGUCUUACACAGACACACACUGACGACUGGCUGUUUUAAACUCUUUAUUCCCCAUGGAGACACUGAGGACUCAUAUUAAUGUGUGAUUCACUGUUAUCAAUGUUAUUAUUCAAGAUGUACAAGUGGGUGUUUUUAGAAUUAACUCUUUAUCUUUAUCCCACAAAGAGAACUGAACACUCUAGGGCAACUGAUGUUAUAAUUAAGCAAUAAGGCACGAGGGGGUGUGUUAUAUGGCCAAUAUACCGAGGCUCAGGGCUGUUCUUAGGCACGACGCAAUGAAGAGUGCCUGUACACACCCCCUAGCCAUGGUAUAUUGGCCAUAUACCACAAACUCCCGAGGUGCCUUAUUGCCAUAAUAAUAAACUGGUUACCAAUGUAAUUAGAGCAGUUAAAAGUAAAUGUUUUGUCAUACCCUUGGUAUACGGUCUGAUAUACCACGGCUGUCAGCCAAUCAGCAUUCAGGACUCGAACUACCCAGUUUAUAAUAACCCUUAAGUUACACUAAUGUUAUAAUGUAAUGUUUUAAAAAUGACCGUUAUUUGAACACUUAUCAAUGUUAUGAUUUAUUGAUAUUCAAGCCUAUCAAAGUGGUUCUAUGACGUCACCUUUAUAUGUUCAUUUGUUCUUCCCAUGGUUGUGUUUUUCUCCCAAGUGUUGUUGUUGUGAAUCCUAAUUGGUUGUUGUGAAUCCUAAUUGGUUAUUGUGAAGCCUAAUUGGUUAUUGUGAAGCCUAAUUGGUUAUUGUGAAGCCUAAUUGGUUAUUGUUUUUGUGUAAAGUAAUUCCAUUAUUAUUGGACUUUAUCUAGACUCCCACAAUUACAGCAAGUUUUAUUUUCUUAAGUAAACCAUAAUUGGAUAUUAUGUUAUUGUUU